UUCGCUAAAGAGGACACCGGAAGUUUGGUGGCGGGCCGUUUUCAUAGAUCUACAAAAGAUGAGAUAAGAGCAAUUUGGGGAUUUUGCAACGAUGUCCGGUAAUGUUUGUGUUUUACAGCUCUAAUGAGCUACAGGGAUCGCCGUUCAGUGCGGAAGAGGAGUUUUUGCUAAAUAUUUUUUUAGCUGUUUGUUAGCUGUUUACAGUGUGUUAUCGCCAGGGUUUCCAGUUAAAAUGUGCAACGGUUGUGUGCAAAAAGAAUACCCGGACCGGGGGAACACUUGUCUGGAGAAUGGCUCUUACCUGAUGAACUACCUGGGCUGUGCCAACUGCCAUCAGAGGGACUUUGUGCUGAUCAGCAAUAAAGCCACAGAGGAUGAUGAUGGAGAGGAGAUAGUCACAUAUGACCAUGUUUGUAAAAAUUGUGACCAUGUCAUCGCCAGGCACGAAUACACUUUCUCCGUUGUUGAUGAAUAUCAGGAGUACACUAUGCUCUGCAUGCUGUGUGGAAAGGCAGAGGACUCCAUCAGUGUGUUACCAGAUGACCCCAGACAGUCUGCACCCCUCUUCUAGACCAGAAAUGACACCAAACCUGCAGGUCAUGAUUCACUUUUUAGAUCGAGUAUCACCACCAUAGACGUGUUGCUGGCUGCUGGCUUCCAACCAUUUUUAUCAUCUAUUCAAAAUUUUACACACAUCUUCAAUUAAGUUCUUGGCUGUUUAUGAACUACUGUAUUCUGACAUAAGUUGAGCAGGACGUAUAACUUUUUAUUACCCUCCAUGACAGCAACAAACAUUAUGUGUGUCAAAUGAUAAUGUACUUUUAAAUAAAACAUUUUUACUACUAA